AGUUUAUAAAUUUACGCAACAAUACAACCCUGUACGCAAACAUCUGAUCAACCCCAUAUGGACACAUUUUCAUAGGCCGCUGGAUAAACAGCAAUUGGUUCCCUUAUUAUUUUUAUUACAUAAAAAAUGAAUAACUUAACCCGUUUGUUGGCUAAUUGCACAUUAAAUGCUUCGCGUCAUCAGCUAGCAAGCCAUAAUGGCAUUACAGCUGCCGUUAUUCAAGUACGCGGAAAGUGCAAGGUUGUGCAAAAGCCCCAACCUGGUGCCGGUCAACAAUUUCGUCGAGUGGUGCACUACCCAGAAGAAUACACCAUAAAACCAUUGGAGAUCACUCAUUUGGCAGGACGUGAUCCAGCGACGGGUCGCUUGGUAGCCAAAGGUAUAGGUGGUGGAUUGAAACAGAAAUUUCAUUGGGUAAAAUGGGUACGGGAUGGCCCAACGGAAGGACCACCACAAGAGGAGCGUGUGAUAGAAAUAAUCGACGAUGGUUGUCGCACUGCAAAAGUAGCACUUGUUGGUGUAGGAGAUGAACUUAAAUACAUACUAGCAACAGAAAAUAUGAAAGUUGGUGACAUCAUAAGAACUUCGCGUGUUAUACCACGUAUACCAGUACGUCCCAAUGAAGGUGAUGCCUAUCCACUUGGCGCUUUACCAGUUGGUACACGCAUACAUAAUCUGGAGAAAAAUCCCGGUUAUCCCUUUCACUUGAUACACGCCGCCGGUACAUUUGGCACCAUUUUAAGAAAAUUCGAUGACAAGGUUGUGGUUCAGUUACCGUCAAAACGUGAAUUUGCAUUUGAUCGCACUUGCAUGGCCACAGUUGGUCGCCUAUCAAAUGUUGAACACAAUAAAGAACAUAUUGGUAGCGCUCAACGCAUGCGUCUACUUGGCAAUCGCCCACGCUCUGGUUUAUGGAAACGGAAAGAAGGCAAACAUGGUAGAAAGAUACGCAAAUUGCCUGCAAUGUCGCUCGCAUCACCACCACCCAAGCAAAAGGACGAAGUUAUUAAUUUAACUUUGAAUUUGUAGAAGAGCAUUCAAUAUUAAGGCAAUUCUGAGUUUUGUGGUUAUUAAAGUUUAAUGAACAAA